CUUAGCAGUAUGACCUCAAGUCGAAGAGAUGACGGUGAUUUGGCUGUGGUGUUACAUAAGUGGGCCACGAAAGAGAUGCGUUUCCGGCCACAGGGUGUAGGUGUCCGACAGCCUUCUGCAGAUGAUUUCAAAGGCAUUUGCCGUGGACAAAUGAAAGACAUAUGGAAGUUUGUUACAUCUCAUGUUUAUAGUGCACAAACUGUUAAAGAAGUGCAAGGCAAUUUAACUUUAAAAGGGAGGAAAAAAAGGACCUACAAGGUUAAUUUCAAAUCAGAUGAGAAAUAUGACAGUGAGAGACAGAACUUGUUAGAUAGAAGAGUUCGGCUAGCAGGGAAAGUAACUAACAUCAUCACAGAUCUUAGUCACUUGGAAAAUGACUUUAAACGACAACAACAAGAACUUGUAGAUACACAGAGGACCUAUGCUCUGGCAUGUUCAGCUUUAACAGACCUUCGGAGAAAGUCCGCCCUGCUCCACGCUUUCAACCAGCAAGGGCAAACCACAAUUCAUAUGUAUGAGGAGUACUGUCUCAGAAUCAACAGUCGCAUAAACCAUAUCACCAACAGAGCAAAAAAAGCAACAGAGUCUGAUGAAUACUACAGUCGCAAACAUAGUUCUACUGAUGAUGACCACUACAGCAAUUCAUCAGGAUUGGAGACAAGAUGCAGUAAAAAGGUGCGGGAAACAUGUGACUCUGUAGGACACUUCCUGUAUACACUUCUGCAGGGUUCUUUUGGUACAGAAAUAACUGCCAUUCAACGCAAGAAAGAAUUGUUAUGGAGUGAAGUGGAGAAUGUGCUACGUGAGUUUUCAGUGCAGCAAACGUACUCCGCUUUACUGGUAAAUACACAGGAAUCAAGUCUCUCUCUCCGUGACAAGACAAGUUCCAUUGACCUCCGCAGGGAUGCAGAGCGUCUACGUUUUAAGUAUGAGAAGCCAGGUGAAAUGACCAACCUUUCCUCACCACCAUCUCUAUUACAAAGUGUUCACCAGUUAUUAGAGGAAAGCCAGCUGAAACAAAUCCAAAGAUUUAUAGAGACAGAGAAACACAAGAAUGAGACAUGGGAGUUAGAUGACCAGCUACAUAAUGUGAAACAGAAGAUUGAUGAUCAACUGAAGAAAACAUUCAAACAAGCUGAAAGUCUGAAGAAGGCGAGGGAGUUGGUGGAUUAUGAGUUAGAGUUAGCAGGCAAGCGAGCUGCCCUGACCUGUUGUAUAGAUGAGGCCGACUUACUGAAGGAGAGAAUUGUUAAAUCACUACGAGACAAGGACAUGCUGCUGGCUAAGUAUCAGAAAAUACAGGAUUUUAGACAGAUUGCUGACAAAAAACAGAACUUAAUUCGUGUCCUCAUUAAGCAAAACGCUAAUGCAAUAUCAAGACUUGAUGAACAACAAAGGGAGAUUCAGCAGUACAUUCAAAGAUCCCUUCUCUCUCAUCAAGUGGAAGUUAAGUCCUUUGCUAAUGGCCUCCAUGGGUGUAUGGUCAGUGAAAUGGACAGGUUUGUUGGUCUGACUCUCCCUUGUCUGCUCUUCUCCAGUCAGACAGACAGUCCUUUUAAAGUCGCUGUGAUGGACAUGUCAAUUAACCAGCCAACAAAUCAGGUCUCUACUGCAUCUUGUCAGGCCUUACAAGAAGUCUCCAGUAGCCUACAGUUUCCUGUGUAUCUGGGACCAGAGUUGAUAAUGUCACACUGUCUGGAGGAGAAGUCAAAAUUGACAAGUAUCUCACAACAGUUAGAUCACCAUGACAACAUGCUGCACCAUUUUGGAACAAAGAAAGGAGACAAAGAUGUUGUAGAUGUCAUAAAAGACCUUUGUGAAGACAUCAGUGAGCAUGACAGGAAGCAGCUGGAUAAAUUACUUCCUGCUCUUCAAGACCGCAUCGAAAAGGCUCAGAAGUGUUUAGUUGGGGCAAACUCUACCAAUCAGACUGUUCAGGACUGGUGGGACCAGCCAGCCCAGUCAACUGUUCCCUGGGUGCUCGUGGAUCAACAUAACCUGCAGCAGUGGAGGAAUCGUUGGAAUGUUGUCGUUACAAAGUUACGACAAGCAAUGCUACAGAACAUGGACCAAAAUAAAUAGUGACCUUUCUAUCAUGGAUGAAAUUGGUGCUGUUUUUGUUGGUGACCUCUCAAAUAUGUUUGCCUUUCUUAAUAUCACUUUUUUUCUGUUUUUUUUUUUUUGUCCACAUAUGAGAUGCAUGCCUGACCGACAAGGCAAAAAGCUGCAGCUUAUUAUCAAGAAUAGUCUGCUAUAUGACGUUCCCAAAAUUUCAUUUAAUGCCUUUCAGCAAGUUCAAGUCCAUGAAUUUAAUGGUAUUUCUGCAUAAGAUUUAAAACAACAAUGUUUUAUUGUCUCAGACUAUGUGUACAUAUAUGCAAUGUAUGAGAAUUUUCAUUCUGAAUUUUAUUCCAACAAGAUGUACCCUAGCAUAUUUAAAGUAUUUAAUGGCCGUCAUAUUAGUGCUUCCAUAUCCGACCACAUAUCAUUCUGAGAGGUCAGAGAGUUCCCAGGUAGGAUAUAUAAUAGCUAUUGUAGUAAAACAUCUACUUGACCUCAGAACUCCAAAGUAAAUAACUUCUAUCCAUGGUUCAGGUUCAUGCCUAAUACUUCUAGGCAAAUUAGUAAUUAAAUUUAAUGGUUGGUAUCCCUAAAAAAAGCUGGAGUACUGGGUCAGGAUAGAUGUCUGACUGAAAUAGCUUUAA